CCCCCGGUCUAAAGUAUCACUAUUCAUAACAGUGGUAUAACUCAUGUCCUGAUAUGAAUGAUAUUUGCUCAUCAAUAUUACAUCACAUAUUAAUAUUGCUCUGAUCAGAUAACAACUGCUGCAGAUGCUGUUAAAAUAUUCAGAUACAGCCAUAUUCUGGUACUGACAAAUUGUGCUCUAACUCUGCAGUUUUUCAUUUGAAGUCCAGAUUGCUUUACAACUCAGAUUUCAAAUGAUUGUGAACAGGUUUCCUCUAUCAUCCAGAGCUAAACAAUCUUCAGACAUUACAUCAUGGCGGCAAGAUUUCCUGAAGGAAACCAAGUUCAGCUCCGACCUCGAAAAGGUCAUGACAUGACAUGGUCAUGUGACAAGCAUGGUGAGCCAAUCGCAUUUUACUGUAAGAAACACGGACUACCCGUAUGUGAUCGUUGCGCUAUCAAAGAACAUUGCCAAAAACCAUGUGAGCUAGAUGAUAUCGAGGAUGUCAUCUUUGAGAGGAGAAAAAAACUAGAUGAGAAACGGCCAAAAAUACAGGAACUUCAGAAACAAAUGAAAGCCCUAGAUUUGAAAAUAAAGACAGCUUUAACUUCUGGCGAUACCAAUCUACAGACAGUAAACAACAACAUUCAAGCAUCGUAUCACAACAAGAUCAAAUCUGUUGAGGAAAAGGAGGACAGAAUGAUCAGAGUGAUUAACGAGGAGGCAGAUGAGGAAAUAAAGCGAGUAAAUGAAAAGAGAGAAAAACGGAUCAAGAAUUGCACCACCGAGAGAGAAAAGGAGCAAAAUAUCAUUAAAAACAAAGAAGCAAAACUUCUAUCAGAUGCAAAGAAAAUCACCAAAAUCAUUUCUAAGAAGAUCAAAGAUCUAACUAUUAAGAGUCAGCAUGUCAUAAACACUAUCAAGAAUAUUGAAUCCAACAUCACACGUAUAAACCAACAUGAUGAAACAUUGGUGAAUGAAGCUUCUCAAGUACUUGCAUCUAUUAAUGAAAAUUUAAGUUUGAAUGUUCAUCAAGAUGUUAGUGACUGCCUUGACCUAAUAGAGAGUGAAGUUGAGAGAGUGAAGUUUGUAGAGGGGGAAGUAUGUGGAGAAUACUAUGGUAAAAUUGAUGGGUAUAUCGGUAAAUGGGAACUUGCAAAGUCAAUCCACAUUCCAUCGGUCGUUGAUGAGCCUUGUGUGUUUGGUUUAGUCAGUGAGGAUGAGAUAUGUGUGCAAGACAGAGAUAACAAUGACAUGUAUGUUACAAACAUCAGCACUCAACACACAGAGAAAGUCAUUGAUGGAGGUGUGUUGAUUACAUCAUGUGCGCCCAUAGACAGUAACGUAAUAGUAUGUGGUAAGAUGAGAGGUUAUUGCACAGGUGACAGGUUGGAAGGACACAUUACUCUCUAUGACAGACAAUGGAAGGUGAUUAGAGAUAUCACCAUACCAAGGAAUGGAAUCAGUAUGAGUGUGUAUGUUGAUGUCGACAGGGAUGGGAUGAUCAUCGCUGCUCAGUGGAAUCAGUCUAAUAUCUACAUCAUCAAUCCUGCUGAUGAUAAGAUAGUAAACACUAUUACGAUGCAGGGUAAGGUGGUGUGGGGUGAGAUACAUGCCUUGUCAUCAGGUGAUAUCGUUGUGAAGACAAGCUAUCAUAAUGAAUACACUGUCAUCUCACGAUCAGGAGAAGAGAAGGCUUUCAUACACUGUGAUGAGUGGGACUGGUCAGAGUGUCGCGUUGACAAACUGACAGACACACUCUACAUCGUGUACUGGGAUGAACCGCGUAUGACCUACGCAGUUGAUCAGGUGUCACGUGAUGGUAUCAUCCAGGCAAGGAGGAUCGUGGAAUAUGUGGAAUCAGAUCGCACUCGCUUCAUUAGCCCUUGUCUUGUUACUCCUUCUGGUAACCUUGUAGUAUGUGAUGGAGACAAAUUUCUUCUUUACAAGAAGACAUUCGUCUUGUAAAUCAUCAAGAAUCUCACUCAGCAUAGUCUCCAGGGGCAGACCCUGAUUGAACUUUGAUUAACAAGUGUGUCUCUACACAAAGACUAGCAUAUACGAAACUUUGAUGGCCUUGAGGUGGCUGCACAUUCAGACCAUAAUCUCGAGUGAAGGGUUUGCACGGCAGACUAAUCUAAAUGAGUGAUAAUGUUUUUUUAAGAACAUUUCAGAGCAAUGUUUUGCUACAUUUCCAUUUGUGUUUAACUUCAAUCUGCCACCCCUUAUACCCAUUGGGGCAGUUUCAUAAUUUGUUAUAGUCACAAUCCGUAGUUAAAAGCUACUGAAAUAAUUCAAUUUGAUUGGAUCAUAGUAACCUUCGAAACAGAAAUUUUUAUUAUAACAAGUCUUUAUGAAACAUAACUCGUUAUACAUGUAGUAACAAUCAAUAGUUAAAAGCUACUGAAAUAAUUCAAUUUGAUUGGAUCAUAGUAACCUUCAGAUAGAAAUUGUUAUUAUAACAAGUCUUUAUGUAACAUAACUCGUUAUACAUGUAGUAACAAUCAAUAGUUAAAAGCUACUGAAAUAAUUCAAUUUGAUUGGAUCAUAGUAACCUUCAGAUAGAAAUUUUUAUUAUAACAAGUCUUUAUGAAACAUAACUCGUUAUACAUGUAGUAACAAUCAAUAGUUAAAAGCUACUGAAAUAAUUCAAUUUGAUUGGAUCAUAGUAACGUUCAGAUAGAAAUUGUUAUUAUAACAAGUCUUUAUGUAACAGGACCAUGGAGACAUUCAUGUUUGAUACAAUGGUCAUGCCUAUGUGUUAUUAAAUUCAAUGUAAUGUAUUUGAACUACGAUUAUUUUUAAGUUAACAAUUCAAUGCUUGUGUGUUCAUACAUGUAUUAUGCUGGUAAAAGUCUAGACAUUCUUUAUUCAAGAAUGAUAUCAUUGAAAUUUGAAUCUUCUUUCUUUCAAGUCCCUUCUCUAUGUUUUGACAAUAAAAUCAUUCAUAUUUUGACCAAUUAAACUUUGACAGAAUAUGAUUUUAAAAAUCAUAAAGAGUUCGAAUUUUCAUUUUAACCGAAUUUAAAUGAUAUUAUCAUCCCACAUUCCUCCGAAAGUUUACAAUGCCCUAACCAAACAGAUAACUCAUUUCAAGAAUGAAAAAUUCAUACUAUUAAAUUGAAAUAUAUUUAGCUUUGUUUUGUAUAUAAAUCUGUCAGUAGGUUCGUCAUUGUAUAUAUAUAUAUCACAUUUAAAUAUUUUUUUUGCACGCAUACAUGCAUAUCCUCGUCAUUGCUUACCUUAAAAUAAUGUUUCAAUAAUUUAUCCUGUUUAUUUUCCCAAGCUUUUUGUUUGAUCAUAUCUUUCACCUCUGUAUUAAAGAAGCUUUCCAAUCUUAUCUUUAUAAAACCAAUUCAUAUAUAGUAUAUCCAAUUUUGUAAAAAGUGCAAAUUUCUUUUAUUAUAUAAAGUGCAGUAUACAUGUAUAAUGAUAUGAUAUUUAAAGAUCAUCUAUUUGGGUUAAUACAUGUACGAUAAAAGUUUAGUAGAAAUUAGAAUUUGAGUCUUACAAAUGAUGUUAUAUUCUUUUGUAACAUGUUUUCAUUAAAUUUAGUCUAGGAAUUUUAGACCUUGAUGUAAGAUAAUAAAAUGAUAUGGUUGUAUUUGAUCUUUACACCUUCAGGAGGAUUGACAGAAUUGUAACAUAUGAAUCAGAGCAAACAUUGUUUAGUGUAAAUCAAGAGGAAAGAAAUAGAUAUCUUUAUACUGGAAUAAAAUGGUGAUAGCCAAGAAAGACAAGAAAGAUUCAAUCAUGUAUAUAAAAUAUGCGAAAGAUUGGUCAAUCAACUACCAGUUGUAAACACAUUACUGAUCUAAAUCUAUCAAUCAUUUUGAAUAAAUGUUGUAAAUGAUCAAAAUCGUUCAUUAUGGUUGCAUGUGAAAUUUGUAGGAAUUUCAAUCAAAAGAUCAUUAUGGUGAUAGGGAGAGACAGUUUUUAAAUUCUCUACAAGGAAUAUUAAUCUGAUCUAUAAUCAAGUAAUUUUGUCAGCCUAAGUGCUAUUCAAAUGAGAAACCUAAACAUAU